AUGUCGUCGAAAAAGCCAGGAGGUAUUGCAUUCAUACAUCCGGAUUUGGGAAUUGGCGGUGCUGAAAGGCUAGUGGUUGAUGCGGCAAUGGGUUUACAAAACUUGGGCAACCAAGUGGUCAUUUAUACAUCACAUUGCGAUCUUAACCAUUGUUUUGAUGAAGUGAGUUCUGGUCAAUUAAAAGUAAUUGUUUAUGGUGAUUUUCUACCCACACAGUUUUACAAGAAAUUUCACAUAUUAUUCGCCAUCCUUCGUCAAUUGUAUUUAACGCUUGUGUUGAUUAUUUCGGGAGACAUAAAGAACUAUGAUUUUUUCAUUGUUGAUCAAUUAUCCUUUUGCAUCCCACUUUUAAAUUUAUUCAGUCUUGCAACAACCAGAGUCCUUUUUUACUGUCAUUUCCCUGAUCAAUUACUAACGAAAAGGGCCAGUUUCUUAAAGAGUCUUUAUCGGGUGCCGUUUGAUUUCAUUGAAGAAUGGACUACAGGAUGCAGUGAUCAAAUUGUCGUUAAUUCAAACUUCACCAAGGGAAUAUUUCACAACACAUUCAAGAACCUACGCGAUAUAGACCCCGGCGUCAUUUACCCGUGUAUCGACAGAAACAUUGAGGAGACCGAGGAAACACGCAAAUCAAAUGAAGAAGUUGUCAAUUUCUUCAAAAAUUCCAAGUUUUUCUUGUCCAUCAAUAGGUUCGAAAGGUCAAAGAAUAUAGAACUUGCCAUUAAGGCCUUUGCAAAACUGAAACGAAUUCUUCCCGGGAAACCAAGAUUGGUCAUUGCAGGAGGAUACGACGCUAGAGUGCUUGAAAAUGUGGAAUACUUGAAAGAGUUGGCCAAACUUUGUGAUGAUUUAAAGUUGACGAAUUUUACCAUACGAGGGAAGCUUCUUGUCAUGCCACCAUCGACUGAAGUUUUGUUUCUACCAAGUGUUAAAACGUCGCUUAAAACAUCGCUUUUGAAAUAUGCCGAACUUCUCUUGUAUACUCCAGGAAGAGAACACUUUGGUAUUGUUCCUGUUGAGAGUAUGCUUUACAAAACACCGGUAUUGGCAAUCAACUUUGGAGGACCAUUAGAGACCGUGGUCAAUUACGAUGGAACCAAUAUUGACGAAGCGACUGGGUUCACCAUUCCCGGGGAUCACGACAAAUGGGCUAAAACCAUCACGAAAUAUUACAAUGAAACCGGAGAUGACAUCAAACGGAAAUUGGGAGAGAAUGGAUACAGUCGAGCUAUAGAGAAGUUUUCUCGAGAUCAAACCAGCUAUGAAUUUGUAAAGAAUUUGGAGUAUGCAGCAAGAAGCAAGAAAAGAGUUCUUGUCCCUCAUUGGAUACUUUCAUUAGUGCCUGUUGUUGUUGUAACUAUAGCUUAUGUUCUAUUCAGAGCUGUUUAUUAA